UUAAAUAUAUGCCACAAUUCUGCUAUUAAACUCCAGUCCACAAGGUGGCGGUGACGUGGCAAAUAUGACGUGUUUUUCCAACCCCAAGGCGACGUCAUAUCUCCGCGACACGUCAACGCGCAGAACAAGACUUAGACUUAGACUCGCCGAAAUCAACUUUUCAUGCCGCAUUUAUGUAGUUUUCUGUAAGUUGGCGGUGAAAGUGAAAGAUUUUAAUUGUAAAUCGACUGAAUGAAAAUCUUAUUGGGGAAAAAAGGCGCGUACGAACAGUUUGCGAGAAGGCCGAGUAACUCCACAUUAAAAUUGUUUUCUUUUGUCACCAUCUUUCUUUUUACGCCCUGAAAGUGUCUCGUAACAGCAUGAAUGAAGAAGAGCUGGUGGAGAACUUCCGGGCUCAGAUGAGGAACGAUCCGGACGUGGCGUCCGCCGUGGCCGCCAUCCGCACCCUGCUGGAGUUCCUGAAGAGAGACCAAGGUGAGACCCUCCUGGGACUGGGAGAGAGUCUGAAGUGGGCCACGGAUCGUCUGACCGCCGUGGAUUCGUCUGUGGCCUUGUCAUCUGGCGGCGAGCUCUUCCUGCGCUUCAUCAGCCUCACGUCGCUGGAGCACCAGGAUCUGUCCCGCUGCAAGAAGGUGAUGGAGGAACGAGGAGAGCUUUUCUUAGAGAAGAUCUCCAUGUCCAGAAGCAAAGUGGCUAAGCUGUGUCACACCUUCAUCAAAGAUGGCGCAAAAAUCCUGACACAUUCCUACUCCAGAGUGGUCCUCCGCGUGCUGGAAAAGGCGGCGGGCGAGAACAAACGUUUCUCCGUCUUCGUCACAGAGUCGCAGCCCGAUGGCACCGGGCGGCAGAUGGCAGAAGACUUGAGGAAGCUCAACGUUCCUGUGACCGUGGUCUUGGACGCGGCUGUGGGGUACAUCCUGGAGAAGGUGGAUCAGGUCAUCGUGGGCGCAGAGGGCGUGGUGGAGAGCGGCGGGAUCAUCAACAAGAUUGGCACCUACCAGACGGCGGUGUGUGCCAAGGCUCACAACAAACCGUUCUACGUGGUGGCUGAGAGCUUCAAGUUUGUGCGCCUCUACCCGCUCAACCAACAGGACGUGCCGGAUAAGUUCAAGUACAAAGUGGACACGUUGAAACACCUCCCCAACCUGUCCGAGGAACACCCGCUGGUGGACUACACGCCCCCCUCCCUCAUCACCCUCCUCUUCACCGACCUGGGCGUCCUCACGCCGUCGGCCGUCAGCGACGAGCUCAUCAAGCUUUAUUUAUAAACAUCAUUAAACGGCGUAAGACGGGAACGUGUCCGACUUUUCCUCAGUCACGGUCUCGCGCGACCCCCUUCUCAAAGUCCUCCUCGCAGAUUUGUCCCUUCUUCAGUCUCUUGAGGAGACGAGUGUCGCUCAGAAGCUCCUUCAUGUCAUCGUCGUCCACGUCAGAGCACUGAGGACAAGAAUCAACACCUUCAGGAUAACAAGUUAUGGUACUUGUUGGGUUUGAGCAGAGGCGUCAAAGUGUGGCCGGCAGCUAACUUUUUAACGGCCGGCGACACAUUCUAAAAGCAGUUUUUUUUUUUUUUAAAACACUGUAAUAAAAGAUCAAACAGGUGAAUGUAACAAGAAAAAGUUGCAAUGUUGACUCUAAUAACACAAAGCUGCCAUGCAGGCUGUUUUUUUUUCCUUUAAAGCUGUCAUUGCUC